AGUGCUUUUUAGAGGAAAUUAAGCCAUUAAGUGUUCAUUUAUUUGGGAAUGUCUUCACUAAAUGGUCCGAGUUUGUCGGUUAACUCAACAAAGCAUUUGGCUUCGAUGCAGACUUCGCUAGCCAAUCACGGUUGCGUCAGAAAAAUAACGAGAAUUUGGAUUACACUCUUGCAAAUGUGUGGAUACUUUCCCGUAAUGUUUAAAACUCGUUCAAUAUGGUUUCAAUGCAUUCGCUUCGCAAUGUAUGUGUAUGUAGCAACGAUUGUGGGCGUACAAAUUUUGUUUAUGUACGGUGACUGGAAGCAUUACUCCGCCCUUAAACAGUCUUCCAACUGGUUUACGGCGGUUAUGAUGCAAUUAAUUGAUGUUUCCGAGAUCUUCUGCAAUUUGGUGUUCAUAAUUUUUAUGUGGUCCUCGAGCCAGCAAAUCCUCCAACUGAUCAGUGAUCUUGACCACAUAUACGGCUCGCUAAUUACCAGAAAAGACACUAUCUUGUGUGCUACUGGAAUGCUUGUUUACAUUGUAACAGCUCUCUUCAAGAAUGCCUACACCGUAUACAUGAAAGAAACGGUUUUUGUUACACGGACUAACAUUGGUGAACUCAACGGAGUUUUUUUCUCGAUCCCGCUUUCAGACACUGUUAAUGAAUGGAUUGUGCGUAUUAGUGUAGUCAUGCUCGGCAUGACGUAUUUCGGACGUGACCUGUUGUUGGGUUUCCUGGUUUACGUUAUUCUGAUUACUAGCAAAAUAGUCCGUCAAGUUUCCUUUAAUCUACGUACACAGCUGGCGAAGAGUGGAUCCGUGACGAUCGAGAAUUAUAGGCAGCAAUCGCGAUUAACCGGCAUCGUUGGAGAUCUCGAUAACCACUUGUCGCUUAUAGCGGGAAUCCGCUUUUACACUUCGAUAGCGGGGAUUAUAGGUCGGACUUUCGAUGCUAGUUGGCGUCCUGCGGGUCUAUCCCCCAAUCCAGAACACGUCGUCGCAAUGGUUGCGUACGGUUUCUAUUUGUCUCUCCUCGGCGCUGCCUGCGUAUAUUCCACUGAACAGGGUGCGCAAAUGUUUUCCGUAGCCAGAAAGUGCUGCCACAUUGGAAAAACGGCUUGGAAACGGAACGAAUGGAUGGCGGUUUUUACUAAUGACGCCACUGAUGAACUCCGCUGUUUUUCAUUAGCCGGUGUCACUGUCACAAGAGACUCGGCUUUUCAGACGGCUGCCACUUUAGUCAGUGCGUUGCUGGUGUUUGCUGAGUUGGCCAGCGGGAAUAGAACUGACUGUGGGAAAACCACUCUGCACAAUACCACACAGGUCCACUGGUAAUUGUUUUCCAGCAUCGGCUAAUCGUCAAGGGAAUUUAACUGUGUAUCGACUAUCGAGUGGCACACUCAAUUUUAUUUCAUCGUAUACUCCUAAUGUCGUGUGGGUCAAGGUUAUUAGGAUUUAGUUUCGCUACACCGAUGAUGUUUAGUUCACGGUCCACGGAUCACAGUCGCUGCAGGAAAUAUGCAGGAGUUUUGCCGUGUUGUUCGAGUGGCACGAUCGAUUUUACUCUUUCAUGACUGUAGUCUUGACUUGUUCUCCUUUAAUUCCCCAACCGACUACAGUCAGUGACUUUUGAAAAAACCACCUCAAGCUAAGACGUAAGUCAAUUUAAACGUGAAUCCUGAGUACGGGAAGAGAUUCAGUUUCCCGUAAUAUGCCAGGGGGAAACUAUGGGUCCACUCCGCAAUAUUCCAAAUCAUCUUUAUGCCGAUCGAUUACUCAAUUAAGGCACUCAAAGGAAUAAAGUAUAAACACCGGUAAAUAACAGUGACCCGACAGAAAUAAAUAAGGCUUUCAGGAAACGGCUGAAGCUGGCAUUGACCGCCGGGCCGGCACGAUCAGACAGCAAACGAAGGUUAUGCACGGUAAUGAAACGACCAGUCUGGCUUUAGUCUGGUUGGUGACCGGCUGGACUCGGGGGCACUGCUGCCCAAGUCGGAAGCUCCGUCUCCGUG